CAUUCCCCCCUAAAGUCACUCCAGCUUACACAUAAGGAGAACACACCUCCGUCCCUGAAUAGCACUAGAGUUCUGGCCAGUAAGACAGCAAGAAAGAUUUUUCAGGAACCCACGGAGCCGGUAAAAGCCAAAGCACCAAAUGGGCCAGCUGGCCCCAGCAAGGAAGAUGAGCCACUCCUGAGGGAGAAUCCCAGGCGCUUUGUCAUCUUCCCCAUUGAGUACCAUGACAUUUGACACAUGUAUAAGAAAGCAGAGGCCUCCUUCUGGACAGCUGAGGAGGUGGAUCUUUCUAAGGAUAUUCAGCACUGGGAAACUUUGAAGUCUGACGAGAAGUACUUCAUAUCUCACGUGUUAGGGUUCUUUGCAGCAAGUGAUGGCAUAGUAAAUGAAAAUUGGUUGAAGCGGUUUAGCCAAGAAGUACAGGUAACAGAAGCCCGCUGCUUCUAUGGCUUCCAAAUUGCAAUGGGAAAUAGACAUUCUGAAAUGUAUAGUCUUCUUAUUGACACAUAUAAGGACCCUAAAGAAAGGGAAUUUCUCUUCAAUGCCAUUGAAACACUACCUUGUGUUAAAAAGAAAGCUGACUGGGCCUUAUGGAUUGGGGACAAAGAAGCAACAUAUGGUGAACGUGUUGCAGCUUUUGCAGCAGUUGAAGGAAUCUUCUUUUCUGGUUCUUUUGCAUCCAUAUUCUGGCCCAAGAAACGAGGUUUAAUGCCUGGAUUAACUUUUUCAAAUGAAUUUAUUAGCAGAGAUGAGGGUUUACAUUGUGAUUUUGCCUGCUUAAUGUUCAAACACCUGGUACACAAGCCUUCAGAGGAAAAAGUGAAAGAAAUGAUCGUCAAUGCUGUUAGAAUAGAACAGGAGUUUUUGACUGAAGCUUUGCCUGUAAAGUUGAUUGGAAUGAAUUGCACUUUAAUGAAGCAAUAUAUCGAAUUUGUAGCAGACAGACUUAUGUUGGAACUAGCUUUUAGCAAGAUUUUUAGAGCAGAAAAUCUAUUUGAUUUUAUGGAUAUCUCUUUGGAAGGGAAAACUAACUUCUUCGAGAAGAGAGUAGGAGAAUAUCAGAGAAUGGGAGUGAUGUCAAGUCCAACUGAAAAUUCUUUUACCUUGGAUGCAGACUUCUAGAUGAACUGAGGACUUGCAAUUAUUUGACUUUUUUGCCCCACCAGGAAAAUCUGGAACUUUUAAUGCUACACAGUAAAAUGACUGUACUAAGAAAUGGCCAUUAUUGGCAUUUGAGACUGUUGUGUAGCUACCUUGGAAAAUCUUGUUUAAAGUUGCAAGUGGUGUUGCUUGGGGUGCCACGGUACUUGACAUAAGCUA